GUUAUAUCUGUUUUCCACUACUGUGUUUUAACUCCCUCGCUGGGCACAGUUAACCACUCGCCGCGCAGUCCACGAUUAAAACUUAUGAAAUCAUGGCAAUGUCGCCUCAGUUACUUCUUCAUUUGUUUUUUCUGUUGUGUAUUGGCAGCAAUGUUACUCAGUCUGCGAAAAGAAAUACAACAAACAGCAGAGAUCUUUUAAGCUUACUGAAUGCCAAGCCAGAGGGCAUCCCACCUGUGUCGGAAAACCUGUCGGAAUCAAACCCCCUCGGAGAUAUACAAGCAUCAGACUACAUGGUUCGGCUUUUCCUGCGCAUCUCGAAAUCAAACGGACAAGUGAUUAAUCCGGACGCUUUUAUGGGAGACAAUAUUCACGGAUUUAUCGAUAAUGGUGAGUUAUUUGCUUUGAAAUUGGACUUUCAUUGUGUCGUUUGUAAAUCGGUUUAAUGGGUGUAUACGUUAAAAGUGUCUCAUAUGGUUUUCUCUAUGCAUUAGCAACCUGCUUGUUUAAUUUCGAGCUGCUCUAAAUGCUGUUUAAUAUCUGUUAGAAUGUCAGUCUUACGCGAACUUUGGUUGCCUCGAAAGUUUAGGUGGUUUUUUCAUCUUAUCCCCCUUGUGAAACUGUUAUCUACCCGAUGAGUGAGAUCGAAAGUUCGAAGAUAUGGAAUAACCGUGGAUGUUGUCUUUUUAUACCAAAAUUUCAGUUAAACAAUAAUGACGGUGUCUUGCUACUGAAAACGUGGGUAAGUAAGCAGAAAAACUCCGAAUUUCUUAGACAAACAGAACGGUUAUCCAGAAAAUUCUAGCCUUUUCAAGCUUAACAAUUUUUUAUGCAAUAUUUGCUCCUUCAAACAGUUUUUAAAAUAUUUUACAGCAAAAAGUCGUUGAGUGCCCCUAGUUUUAGGCUUGUAGGGCACAACAUUUUGUUUUUUGCUGGUUACAUGGUUAAUUUUGCUUUAAAAGAAUGUAGCAUUAGUUUGUGAUUCAAAUGAAACAAAACUACAAGGCACCUUUUUUCAAACUUCGUGUAUAUUAGCCUGCGUUACAGCCGAGCCACUCGUCGUGAACAUUAGUAUAGAUCUAUACAGAAGGUUUAGAGUACGCAGGUUACGUGUAUAUUAAAUUGAAUUAUAUGAAGUAAGAAAAAUCUGUCCUGUGAGUUAUAAAAUGGUCCUACAUUAAAAUUAUUCUAGCACAGGCUGUAUCAUGUUGUAAUUUAUUAAACGCUGCUUUGAUAAACAUGUAGCAAGGAGAUCAGACCUUCUGUUUUACGGUUAGAAAAGGGAUGUAGAGUUCCCCAGUAAGCACGUGAAAGGAAAACCAUUCUUCAGUUGAAGAUACACGAAAGGGGUGUCUGUUCUUUCAAAAAUACAUGGUGCCGGUAUAAAGUGUAAGGCUGGAGCUGGACAGUUUUCAGACUUAACUUAGUAUUCCUUAGCCGGCGAAACAGCUGUAUGAAGCCGUCUAUUAUUGGGACACUAUAUCCGAUAGAAGCGACCGUAAUCCAAUAUUGAGCCAUUUACAAAUCAGGACACAUCGAGAAGUAACUUACUAAUCAUAGAUUGGACCAACUGUUGCAUGUUGGAAACAAUCAUAAGAGACAAAAGUAAUCAUUGAGUUCUGAGUAAUUGUCUCAGGAGUUUUUAUUUUUACACGUAUUCCCCAAUUUUAACAAGUUUGCGCCAAACUCUACAGAAACUAAUUGAAAUGGUGGAAUUCGGAGUCAAAGAUGGAUGUUUCUAUCAUGGUCAUUCUGUUGUUGGCUCGAUGAUUUCGAAUAAACUAAAAUUGAAAACUUCUGGAACUAUUCAGUGCUUUUUCUUCAACCAGUCGGGAUCUUUCUCAAACAACGUAGAUCAGCAAAAAUGCAGGGUAGAUAAAAGUUGACCGAAAAAAAAAAUAAAAUGAAAGAAGAAAACAGAAAGCUCCGUGAUGAAUGAGCUAGCCCAAAAUUUGAUUAAGAACCCCGAUAUGAUAAGCGAGUAGAGCUUCGUGUUUCUGGAACAGAGGUGGGAGUCAAUACAUAGCUUAAGGUAAGGACGAGAAGACUUUAAGACUGUGGAACUAAGAACACGAACGAAGAAUAUGAAGUAGAAGAACUAGCAGUUGGCGAAAAUGAAACUACUUACGCACCCAUAAACUUCAUCAACAGCACCUUUGUUUAACAUUUUUACAGACAUGCAUGCUUAUAAAAAAAACGACGUUUCCUGUUUAUGGUGGCGGUGCUUUUAUAAUAGCUGACGUCGGAAGUUUGUAUCAAAUUUUGUAAAGAGAAGGUCUUGAUCUCAACAGAUAUCUAGAAUUCGCAGCAUUGAAUUGUUUUGUCUUGAAAUGAAACAAAGCUUGUCAAAUGAUCGCCGAAAAAUAUACCUGUAUCCUCUUCGUCUCAUUAGAGACAUGGCCUUAAAAAGAUUUUUCCGUUUUGCACAUCUGUGCACACAAAAAAGAAGAUUUGUGUGCCCAUCGAUUCAAAAGUUUUUCAUACACUACCCCUGCAUACCGCCACCCCUGCAUACCCCCACCCCUGCAUACCCCGACCCCUGCAUACCCCGACCCCUGCAUACCCCGACCCCUGCAUACCCCCACCCCUGCAUACCCCCACCCCUGCAUACCCCGACCCCUGCAUACCCCAGGCAUUUCAUGACUAUGUUGGGUCCCCAGAAAGAGGGGGUUAACACAAACUUCUUGAGGGCGGAGGUGGGGAGGGUUUGGUGGGUAACGGUUGAAGAUUUGACAUUAUCCAAAGAGGGGUGAAGAAUUUCAAUCCAGUGUGUCUAUUUGUUCAGAGUCGCGACGGACGUGGUUUUUUUAAAAUGUAAGACACUUCCAAGGAAAAAGUGCUACAAAAACUAAAGCGCGUUUUUUUUUAAAUUAAUGUUUUAAAAUUCAAUUGUAGUUUUCAAAGCUUCAAUUAUCAAUCUCCAUGUAGUUGUUUUUAAGUACAAUUUAAGGGUGACUAAUCUUUCAAGGACCGUCUCUCUACUAUUCUGAAUUGUUUGUUUGUUUUUUUUAUUUACCGAGAUUUUGUUUUAUGCUUAGUAAGCAUUUAAAAAACACUAUCAAACUGUUUUACGACAUAACUUCUUUCUAUUCCUUUUGUUAUAGAUGGUUCCAACGACAGCAACUUCACAUUCAAUGUUUCAAUUCCUACAAACGAGAUUUUGAAAUCUGCAAAACUUCUACUUUACAAGUAUCCUUCGAAUCAUACCUCAUAUUCACGUUCCAGCCUGUUGGUCACCAUCCAUGACCUUUACAGUGGCAGAGAAAUUGCAUCCAAACUUGUAGCCAUACAAACUGUUGGUUGGAUAAGCUUUGAGUUGCCACGGGGCAUAAUCCUCCGCUGGGACCGCAAGCCACAAACUAACGCAGGCGUUUCUGUCAGGAUAGCCGGAUCACCUCGCCUUACCAUUAAUGCAAUUCGGUUUGCAACGCGGCAAAAAAACGCCACUUUCCAGCCACUCAUAGUCGCUUACUGCAGUGUUACGAGUUCCCUUUUUGCUGAAUUACAGAGAUCCACUGUUAAGAGAGUCCCAAGAGAUCGCAGAUCAGAUCAAUCGAGUCAUAAGGGCAAGUGUGGACUUCAAAAACUUAACAUCAACUUUAAGGACCUAGGAUGGGACAAGUGGGUCAUCGCUCCUAAACAGUACUCGGCUUCCUACUGCGCGGGAACAUGCCUGGAUCGGUACGAUAACACGCAGAGUAACCACGCUCUGAUACAGCUGAUGAUGCACCAGGAAACUCCCGGAUAUGCCAACGCCCCCUGCUGUGCACCAACACAAAUGGCCCCCAUUUCUAUGUUGUACUAUGGUGGGCCAGGGGAAAGUACUUACGUUCUGAAGCAAAUGAAAGACUGGGUGGUUACCGCCUGUGGUUGCAAGUAGAGAGGGACUUUGUCAGCGCUAUCGUUUCCAACUUCGAGAUUAGGCCUGUCCAGAUUGUGCGCGGCAACUUUUAAGCAGAAGGUUUUUUUAGCAACUUUUAUUUCAGCUGCUUUGAAUAAUGCAUAGUUUGGCUAAACCACCAAGCUAACCAGACACCAAACGAUCGGCAGCCAGGUGAAACUUCAGCAGGUGUUGUGUUAAAACAGGUUUACUAGACGAUAGAAUCGGACACGCUAACGAGAUUACUUUAUUUAAAACAUGUCUUGAAGUCUGUAACACAAAUGUAGACGAAAGAAACCUAAAAUAAGUCAACUUUCGACGAGAAUGUUGGUUGUCUUGUCAUCACUGCAGCGCCUUUAGAAAAACGCAACGCAAGACAGAAAUGUUGAUCUGCCUUCCCAGAGCAUGU